CAAACUGGAGAGGAAUAAUAGAGGACAUGUUGGACAAAGGAUGUUGAAUGUGUAACAGGAGGGGAGGAGAGAAGAAGAAAACCAUGGAAAAGUUUCAUGGACAGAUGUACAGUAGCGGAGCGGGAUUUGCAUAGACAUGAAUAAGGGAUGUGACAGGGAAGGAUGAUGGGUAUAGAGAUGGAUAGCGACCCCUAAAGGAAGCAGAUUUAAAAAAGACAACGAACUUGUGAAAAUCCUUGUUUUUAGGAUUUUUUUUAGUGUUUCGGUGGAAGUGAAUAGUUGCUACAAGUGCCGGAGAAAAAUCACCACAAACUCACAAUUAUUAUUAUUUUAUUAUAUAUUUUUUUUAGUAAACCAGCCAGUUAAAAAAAUGCCUUUUGACGUAAUGAGAAGCUACGCGCAAGACUGUCACGUGAUUUAUUUUUUUGGCUAGAGCCAUAUUUUGUAGCUACUGCUGUAAGAAGCUACCUUUAAAGCAAAACCAGAGGCUUGCAGCUUCGCCUACCAACGCCAUGGAUUUCAACGUGAAGAAGUUAGCCAGCGGUGCGGGGCUGUUCUUCACGCGAGCCGUCCAGUAUACUGAGGAGAAGCUGGGCCAGGCGGAAAGGACAGAGUUGGAUGCUCACUUUGAGAACCUAAUGAGCCGCGCUGACUGCACCAAACACUGGACAGAGAAGAUCUACAGACAGACUGAGUACCUGCUGCAGCCCAACCCAAUUGAUCAUACUGGUGCCAGAAUUGAGGAGUUUCUCUAUGAAAAGCUGGACAUGAAAGCACCCUCCAGGGUUACCAACGCAGAGCUGCUGGGUCAGUAUAUGGAAGAUGCUGCGAAGGAGUUUGGCCCCGGUACUCCAUACGGGAGCACUUUGCUGAAAGUUGGGGACUGUGAGAGGAGACUGGGAGCAGCAGAGAGAGAGUUCAUUCAGACCUCAGCCAUCAGCUUCCUCAAUCCACUCAGGAACUUCCUGGAAGGAGACUGGCGAACCAUCUCAAGAGAGCGCCGUCUGCUGGAGAACCUUCGCCUGGACCUGGACGCCUGUAAAGCACGUGUAAAGAAGGCCAAGGCGGCCGAGGCCAAGGCAGCGUGCGAGGGUGCAGUGGCCCCAGAUUUUCAGGAGACCAGACCUCGCAACUAUGUUCUUUCUGCCAGUGCCUCUGCGCUCUGGACUGAGGAAGUGGAAAAAGCUGAACAAGAUCUCAGGCUGGCUCAGACGGAGUUCGAUCGGCAGGCAGAAGUUACACGGCUGCUUUUGGAAGGCAUCAGUAGUACGCAUGUGAACCACCUGCGCUGCCUGCAUGAGUUUGUGGAAGCUCAGGCCGCUUACUAUAAGCAGGGUCAUCUUCAUAUGCUGGAGCUGCAGAAAGAGCUGGGAAGUGCUGAUGAGGAUGUGCUUCCCAAUGCUUUUGCACUGAACUCCACUCACUCCGUGGCUGCUGCAGCCGGCGCGUCAGAAGGCACAGAGAGCCCAGUGGAGACGGAGACACUGAAGAUUGAAGAAGUCCAGGCACCAGCUACAGGAACCCGCAAAGCCAAAGUUCUGUAUGACUAUGAUGCUGCUGAUUCGAGUGAGCUCUCCCUUCUGGCUGAUGAGCUGAUUACAGUUUACACGGUGCCAGGAAUGGACUCUGACUGGCUGAUUGGAGAGAAAGGAAAUCAGAAAGGAAAAGUGCCUGUCACAUACCUGGAGCUUCUGAGUUAGAGUGCAUGCAUGUGCAUGAGUGUGGACGGGCACGACUGAAGCUUUCACUUCAAAGGAAGUCACACUUGCACUAGCGAGUAAGCUUCAGUAAAUACUCCACUGCAAUCCCUGCACACACUCCUCAGAACAAUAACAGAAGGUCUCAACAUAGUGGCACUGUUACAGUGAGAGCAGGAAACUCCCUGGCUGGGAUCAGUCACAUUCCUCCUAGACCAGUUUUGGUGAUGUCAUAACAAUGUUGUCAUUGAUAUUCUUCUAUUUAUUGAAGUGCAUGUCAGAUGUUUUAAUCAGAGGAUUUCUGAUGCUAACUUAUUUGUUUUUCCGAGUGUUUCUUCAUGUUUUUACAGACCUUCCAACAAUCUGGGAAAAACCUCCCAAAAAUAUAGAGUGAUGUGAAAAAGUGUCUUCCCCUCUGUUUUUUUUUUUUUUUUUUUUUGCAGGUAACAUAUGUAAACACAAAAUGCAAUUUUUAAAUGAGGGUGUUUAUUAUUACAGGUAGGCCUGUGGUGAUAAACAAAUCAAUUAAUUGCACGAUAAAUUAAAAUGAGCUCCAUACUAAAAUGAGGGCUAUAAUAAUCGCUUGUUUGUUUUCGUCCUGUCCUCUGACUCUUCCUACCAAAGAGACUAGAUGACUAAAGUCUUCACGCCGGUGCUUUACUCUUUUCCUCUCGUUUCCUUGGUAGCAUGUGUAUGAGCUAGAAAUUUGACAUGAAUAAAUUACGGCGUUCGCUUGGCUGGAUGAGGGCAAGUGACCGUCGCCUCACCGCUCAACGUUACAGCUGCAGCCUGGCAGUGCGUUAGAUCCAAGCUGAAUGACCGCAGUGAACCAUUGAACCUGUGGAGCCGCUGCGUUGUAAAACAGCAGCAAUUAAACAAUACAACCAACAUGUCUGCACCUAAAAUGCACUGAUGCAAGUUUCCUUGAAAGUUCACCUCUGGAUGUCAGUAGAAAAAUAAACUGACCAAGUUAUUGGUCAGGGCCAUGCCGGUUUUGCUUUUUUUUUUUAAAUUCUUCACAUUAUAAUAAACAUUUUUGUUUAAAAACUGCAUUUUGUGUUUACUUGUGUUGUCUUGGAUAUUUAAAUUGGUUUGAUGUUCUGAAACACUGAAGUGUGGGAAACAAAAGACUUGGAAAUCAGGGAGGGGGCAAACACUUGUUCACCCCACUGCAUACUUCUGCUUUUUCUAAUAUGUUUGUUCUGCAUUAGUGGGUUUCAUCUAAAACUGUCCAUCUUUACAUGAAACAGUCCUGGACAUCAGGCCUGCGGUUUCAUGUCGGUUCAUUCAGGUUAACAAUAAACGCAGUGAAUCCCAGGUGGGAUUAAAUCCCCCCUGGUUGACGUCUAGAUUUCCUAAACUACCAUAGAUUGCUUUACAGGAGCAACAUGUCUGAUUUGACCUUUUCUGGAAAACACUAAAACGAUAACAGCGUUUACUUUUUAACUUUUUUUUUUUUCAUCCAUAACAAACUCAAACCUUGCACUGAAGCAAUUAAUUUGCAGUGGAAAAGGGCAGAUAAUUGUCCUCAUGAGUUCUUUUCCACUCCUGACUGUUGAGAGGAUGAUUUGCCUUAACUACUGAUAAAGAUGAAAGUCUUGGCAAUACCGCUUGCUUCUUACCGUUCCACCACACUACAGAUUCCCGCCUGAGGAACAGUCUGCACCCCUGUUCAGCAAAUAACAGACUGCCUUACAGUGACAGAGGGCCGCUGCUCACAGAAUGUUUUUUUUUUUUUUUUUUUGUGCAAGUUUGUCACAUUCAAGCCACAGCCAGCAUGCAAGUGUCCCUUCCCUUCAUUGUACCAGUUCUUCUUCAGGUGGUUUGUCCUUUUAGUGUUUUCUUUGAACACCUUCUGGCCUGUUUGACUCGAACCUUAAAGUGUCCUCAGUCUUAGUGCUGCAUGUGCUGCAAACUGCUGUAGUCGCCUGUCCUGCUGGAAGUGUGUGAGAGUGAAUAAACAAUGUGAGAUUUAAACUUCUUUGCACCAAACCUCACAUCCAGUCUGCGUAUGCAUGAACCUUUCUUACCUCCUAAUCGCCGGUGUUACGAGUUUUAGUGAAAUAAGCAGAAGGCCGUCUUCACUCCAGACGUCGAGACAGAGGAAUGUAACCACCUUGUCCUUUGAGCCUCACUUGUUUUUGCUUUUUAACAAAUGUGCUACUGAUGUAAAUUUAUUUUGUUUGAGUUGAUUUGCCUCUUGCUAUGUGAAUGAGCAAAAAUAAUUUAAUAAAAUACAUAAUUUAUUUGAAA